CUGCGCUGUAAACAGGAGAUACUUUACCUGAAAGCGAAACAUAAGUCAUAGCAAUACACAGCUGAUGCAAUCAGUGUGUCUUGGCGCACCAGCAGGGAUUGGGUUGGUGCUACUGCAAAACUUUGGAACUUGAAGCCUUGACAGUGCAGUUCAACCAAGAUGUUUCUUUUUUCCCUCGCUGUUGUUGUGGUGCAUGGUUUUUACUUCAGCGCUGCAGACGCAUCUAUUCGGAAUGUGAAGUCAAGCAACAUGAGCGCAGAAAACAACAGCCGGUGCAGCGUGGUAGACAAGACCUUUACCUCAGUAUUCUUGCCGAGUGUUUAUGUGAUCGUGUUCUUUAUCGGUGUCAUCAGCAAUUGCUGGGGAUUACGGAGUUUACUUGCAAAAUGGACAGCAAUCGGCUGCAUAAACGUGUUUGUUCUGAAUCUUGGCAUUGCGGACCUACUGUAUGUAAUCACAUUACCUUUUCUGGUCUGUUACUAUGCCAUGGACAGAAAGUGGAUCUUCGGGCACGCCUUCUGCAAGAUAACUCGAUUUUGUUUCAAUCUUAAUUUAUACGGGAGCAUUGGAUUCCUAACAUGUAUCAGUGUUUACCGGUAUUUGGGCAUUGUCCACCCAAUGAAAGUGAUGGGUAGAAUCCGAGUGUGUCAUUCAGUCAUAAUAUCUGUCAUAACCUGGGUUCUGGUCGUUGCUCAAAUUGUCCCAGAUUUGUACUUCAAUAAAUCAAAUCAAAAUUCUACCGCCUGCUACGACACUACAUCAAAUGACGAAAUCUACGAGUACCUGCCGUAUAGCAUCGGAUGGACUAUCACUGGAUUUUGUAUACCGUUGCUUGUUAUUUUGGUGUGCUAUGGUCAUGUAGCAUUCGUUCUCACCAACAGGAAAAAGCCCAGCGUGAACUCUUUGAUGAAGCAGCGAUGCUUGAAACUGAUUGUAAUCCUCACAGUGUUAUUUGUCGUGUGCUUCAUACCCUAUCACGUUUUAAGGAAUCUCAAUUUAAAGACAAGGGUAUUGCAAAUUGAAGGGGAAUGCAGUGACGCUUUCAAUCACAUCUAUGUGUCGUAUCAGGUGAGCAGAGGACUUGCUUGUCUGAACAGCGCUAUGAAUCCCUUAGUUUAUUUGGUAACCAAUGACAAGGUCAUUAGAAAGAUGCGCGUUCUUAGUAAAACGGCCAGAAGUUCACUGGGGCAUUUAUCAGCUCGAAAAUACACCGCCGUCGAUGUACAGGUCCGUUACAACCCGCGAAGAGACGAUUCACUCUUAAAAACGGACUCGGGCUCCUAAAACAAUGUCAAGUCCUGAAUGGUUACAAUAGUGUGUUAAACAAAUCCUUCAAAUGUUGAAUAUUGAAUGUGAAAUCUGAAAAGAGACUGAACAACAUGACGCUUCUGAAUUGAAAACAGCUCCUUUUAAUGCCCAAUAUGUUUAUACCAUAGCGAAGUACAGACAUACACAGCAUGCAGUCAGAUUUAGUGCAGCCGCGCUGGCUUCUUUCCAGCUUGUGUACGAACAGCACUCUAUAGUGUAUUCUGUAUGAUAAACUAAUAAUGCCCGAAGCAUUUCUAUAUUGCACUGUAUAUUAAGUAGUCUAUUUCAUCUGGUACUCGGUGUUACUGUAAAUAAUCAUGUACAUUGUAUUAAACUAUUUCAAACAGGGAAUAUUACUGCACUUAUGAAAUUUGAUUCAGCAACAUUGCCAAUCAACAGCGACUCACUUUACAUCGACAAUGCUCUGACUUUAUGAUUAAGAUAUCUUCUAGUCGUUUAUUUUGUAUCAACAAAUCAUAAAAUACUGCACUGAUAUUAGUAAUACAUUACUGGUGAGGUUUGAUCAGGAAUCCUUUACUAAAUCACAAUUUGUUUCCCCAAAACCUUUAGACCCUUUGAGUCUCUGUCAGAUGGCAAGUUUGCUGUUUAUUCGCCGGGCAGGACCAUUGAAAUAUUAUUCUAUACAGCAGAUGCUUUUUAAAGUGUGGAAGUCAAGUAGACACAUAUUUCAGUACCUUCAUUAAAGGCAUCAGAUAGUGCAUCAGUCAAUGUUUUUAAAAGCAGUGGAUGGAAAAAUAGAUUUCUGCAAGACAACAUAUAUUUUGAUAUCUUGAUACAUUGCCUCAGUAGCAGAACAUUGCAAGGAAUGUCUUUGUUUAUGUUUUCAAAACUCAAAUGAGGAAAUAUCUGGCCUAAUUUGCAGAACUGCAUUUAAAACAUGCUUUGAAUUUUUGUUUUGUUUUUAAAAUAGCAAGAUGCUUGUCUAGCAAAGUGUAAUGAAGAGCAGAACAGGACAUUUUCUGAAACAAGAUUUGUCUGACUUAUCUGUUCUAAAGUGGUUCCAGAAAAUCCCCAGUCAAGUUCACACAACGUUUUUCUUAUUUAUAUGAGCAGCCUUCUGUUAACACUUGAUUAGUCUCCUUCCCUUUGGCAGGGGGAAACAUCUGUCCUAAAGAUAAAACUGACGAUUUGGACACAGAAUCUGAAACAUGCCGUAACACUGGCAUUAGGUUGUGGGGCCACCAUUAGCAGGCAACAUACCUGAGAGGUGUUUAAUAUGCACUUCACAGUGCUUACAACUUUCCUUCAGGUAAAUUGGAGAUGAAAAAAAACAAAGUGUGUUCAUCAAACCACAGUAAUCUACAGUAUAUCGGUCCGUCAGAUUGCUGUCUUGCUCGUCAUGACUAAAAGUAACUUGCAACAGGAAGUAAUUAGGUGCAGCACUGUAUCAGUAUAAAUAUUAUACAUGUCUUCAAUGUUUGUGUGUGUGUAUACAGUAUUUACUCGAAUUUAAGUCACACUUUUGUGGCUAAAAUAAAAGUUCAAAUUUGGGGGGAGCGACUUGGAUUCAAGGUUUUUAGUUAGGGUACCAAUUUACAUUUGCGCAUGUCAGUUAUUCUGAUGCGCUUGAACAAGACCAACUGUACACAGUACUGCCCACUACAGAUAUUACUCUCUGGACUGUACCGGUAUAUUAAAAUGGCUGCACAGCGAACUUCAGGAACAUUCUUUUUAAUGCAGCUUUUAAAAGAAAAGUAAUUUUGUUUACUGAGGAAAUGACAGAGUCAUGUUGGCCAAAUUAAACAAACGAGGACAAUAAAGCAGACUGAAGUUCAAAGUAAUUUACCCUUUCACAGCUACCAUAAACUGCAGUGACUGGCGUUCAAUACUGAAAGUACUGUACUGUACAUAUUUUCUUUUUCCAUUUCCAUUUGUAAUAUAGUAGGUGAAGUACUCUGAUGCUUUAAUGUACAGUAAUGCAGUGUUCCCUGCUGGCACCUAGAAAUUAAAUAAUUUAACCAUUCAUUUUUUUUUUCAUUAAGAGUUAAAAGUGACUUGCAUUCAGGGUCUUUUUUUUUUGGUGUCCGUAUUUGUGGGUGCGACUUGAAUUCAGGGGCGACUUAAAUUCGAGUAAACGCGGUAUAUAUAUAAAUAGUUCCCAUAAUGCCAUCUCACAUUGUAUAUGUUAAAUUACUUAGAAAAGGUUGCUUGCUAUAAUACCAUGAAAAUACAAUAUAAUCUAGCAAGUAAAAAUAGUAUUUUGGAAAAAAAAUCAUUCUGCUCUCGAAUAUAAAAAUAAAUGUCUGGUUUAUGGAUUAUGUAGUGCACUUCUUACAGUGUUUUGUGUGGAUUUUGUGUGUACUGUGCACUGCUGUAUUAUGAUUUAAAUGUUUGUUGUGCACUGUUGUUUUAGGUCGGCAGGGAAGAGUUAAUUGCCUGCCAAAUCAGUUCACAUGCAGAAUGUGCCUGAGCCUGAUUGAAUGAUUAAGAAUCAAUCAAGCUCAGGUAUAGCUGCAUAACAGGCAGGAACCUCUCAGUCUUGGUUGGGUGUUCAGGGAGAAAGAACGGGAUUUGGACCAGCUGUUUUGUAUCUUUUUGUUUGUUUUGGCCAACAUGCCUUUUGGUUUGUUAAGUGUUUUUGUUUUGUUUAAGCCUUUUAUUUAAUAUAAUAAAUACACGCAUCAGCGCUUCAUCCUGCAGUACUGUGUCUGUCUAUUUCCUGGUCUGGCGUGACCACCAAGCCAUCCAUGUGACAGCCACACCCUCAGCAAAGAAGAGCUCAACUACUGUGUGACGUGAAGGGAGCCAUUGGCAGUAGUGGAAGCUAUCAAGCACUUUCGCCCCUACCUCUCCGGCCACCGGUUUGAGCUCCACACCGACCAUGCAGCGCUAAGUGGUUGGCUCGAAACGCUCCAGACUUUCGACUGUACCAUUUAGCAUUGACCUGGGG